GAACAUUUUCUAAAGUUAAAUUCAAGUAAAAGCCAAGUGUGAGUGAAUUUCGAAAUCGCUGUUGCGUGACUUGUUGCAAAACAGUAAAGUGCUGCAAAGAAAAAUGUUUAAAUCUGCUAAACAGAAGGCAUGUAUAGAAAUGACUGGAUCUAAAUUGAAAAUAAGAACAAACACUCUGGAACAGUCGUACAUCACAGAGACGAAUACGAACGACAAAAACCAAGGAUCUAAUGAACACCAACUUGGAGGAAAUAUAUUAAUUGGAAAUUAUGAUUUUCUAAAGGAACUGGAAAUCACUGAUAAUGGCAUGGAAAUUCUUGACUUGAGCUCAUUGGCACAACUGGAAAUAUUGACAUGUAAUCAAAACAAAUUAAAGGAAUUAAUAAUUAACGGAAAGAGUUUGAAAAUAUUAACAGCAAAACAUAACAAUCUCAUUACAAUAAAAUCCUUAUCGCCACCAACAAAACUUUUGAAUAUCGACAUAUCACAUAAUGAUUUCGAAGAAUUACCACAUUGGCUAGAUGCUUGCAGAAAUUUAAACAGUUUAUUUGGCGAUCACAACCGGCUCUGGACCAUGGACAAUAUCUUCACAAAGGAUGGAUUAAAAAAAUUGCAUACUUUCAGUGUUGCUUACAAUCAGUUGACAACUUUAAAUAUUUCUACAUUGACUUUUGGUGCUAUUACGCAUUUAUAUUUUCAAAGUAAUAAACUGCAAAAGCUUCCGGAUAAUUUCUUUACUAUUACUUCGAAGACUUUGAAGGUGUUGAAUGUCUCGUGUAAUAAUCUCUGUGCAGUUGGCGAUUGUCAUGAAGGUGUUGAUGACACGGAUUGGUGCUUGGAAGAAUUAUAUCUAUCAAAUAAUUAUCUGAAUGAAAGUAUAUUUCCACAUUUUGUAAGAGCAAAGAAGCUACGUGUUCUUCAUGUAGCUUAUAAUAAGAUACGUGAGUUGCCUGAGGAUAUCAUACGCAACUGGAGUGAUUUAGAGGUGUUGGUGCUGUCAGGGAAUAAGUUACAUAAUCUACCAGAAAACAUUUGCAUGCUUACGAAAUUGGAAGUUCUGCGUUUGCAUUCGAAUUUGCUACAAACGACACCAAGCCUUACGAAAUUGGCUAGCUUAAAAGUUUUGGAUUUGGCACACAAUCAAUUGGAUCAUGUUAAUCUUUUGCAUUUUAUGCCGAAAAAUAUAAAAUAUUUAGAUUUAUCAUGCAAUUCUCAUCUACAAUUUGAUGAGCGGCAAGUGCAGAUGUGCCAGUCUCUGAAAAAAAUGAGCUUGGUCGAUGUGAGUGGUAAGAAUCGGGAAAGUUUACCAACACGAAAAUUGGUGGAAAUGAAAGACAGUAAUAUCUUGCGUCAGCCGUGGACUGUGGGAUUUACUGAAACUACCGGGAGAUGUCGGAAAUUAUUGGUGAAGCAAUUGCGCUUAUGUAACUUUGCAGAAGACGAAGGUCUCUUUGGUAUACUUGAAACCGCUACAAUGGGUGCAAUAACUACUGCGCUCGUUAACUUUGUGCCACAAAUAUUAACACAUGAAAGGAGUGUAAAAGAAACCGCAAAAGAUUAUAUGAAAUAUACAUUGUUGUCAGUAUAUCAACGCUUAGCGUGCGAGCGUGCGUGUGACGAUAUGCAAAUUGCGCUUUGUCACAUUGCCAAAGAAAGUAUAGGCUUCAAAGAUUAUAUGCGGCCGAAGAGAACUAAACGCUUUGUAUUACGUGUCGCCAGUAUUGGUAACAUUAAGGCAUAUUUAGUGCGUAAGGCAACAACAAUUUGCUUGACAGAUGCUACCCCCAAUGAUGAGACCAUUUUAAAAUCUGACAAUUGUAAUAACCCAGCUAAUACGCUCAUAUCAGAUCCCACCAUACACGAAACUUUUUUAAGCAAUGAUGAUGAAUUCUUAGUAAUCUGCAAUGCCAAUGUUUGGCGCGUUAUGGACAUCGACCGCGUCACUAAGGAGAUACGUAGUGAGGAAAAUAUAGUUUUGGCGGCUAAGCGCUUACAGGAUAUUGCUCAAAGUUUUGGCGCCGAUGAGAAUCUUAGCAUUCUUAUUAUACGCUUCAGAUAUGUAGGCACGGAUGUGGAUGAUUUAUUGAAAGAACUGAAGAAAACUGUACGAAAAAAUCCCAACACACAAAAUGUUAACCCCGACGAUAAAAUCUCAAUCGGCAGUCAACGCUUAAUUGGACGUUGUUCACCGCGUCAAGUCCUAAUGGGUAGCAUAAUGAAGAGUGAUCGCUCGUCACCGAGUGGGCAGAGCGAUCACGCGCAAAAUUUUCUCAAUAAAGGUGCAUAUGGCGCCGAAGAGUAUGCUUUUGCGACAGAGCAUGUAUUGGAGGAAGACGACGAUGAUUUGGAAAUUUUACAGGAAACCGAUUCAGUGUUAUCAGAAGAACAGUUUAAAUGUUGGGAAUAUAUGCUGGAGCAAAAUACACAAUUGCUUUUCGACAAAGAGCUCAAUACAAUCUCCAAGUCAAUAACGAAAUCACAUAAUAACGAUGCUUCUGUCGAACUUAAUAUCGGAUUAGAUACAAAUGACUGCAAAGAAAGUAAUAUAAUCAAAAGUUUUGGCAAUCGGUUUAUAUCACACAGUUCACCGCAAUUACUUUACAAUGAGAUAAAAAAACCACUAACUACAACACUCGCACACAAGCAUCUUGAGAAACGUCAUCAGCGACACCAACAACAGCAAAAUAAUCAACAACAAGUGUCGUUCUUGUCAAAACACUUUGGCAGUUGUCGCUCAUUUCAAACUCAAUCCAGAUAUAAUCUUUUCGAAUCGAAAAGUCAAAACUCAGUGAAUGUUGGUCUGAGUUCGAAGUGGAGUGGUGGGCCAAACGCAGCCUACUUCGGUUCAUUACAACGUCUUAUGCCAUAUAAUUUGGAAUAUGAUUUCACAGUUACGCAGGAUCGCAGCGCAUUUAACGAGGAGGAUGAUGAGUAUAGUGAACAAGAAGAUCGUAUGAAACAAUAUUGGGGCAUAGCCACAACGGAAUUGUAAAUAAAUAUACAAUAUAUGUCGCAUGUAGUUAGGUAUA